AUGAAAAUUAUUACCGCGUCUGCUGCUAUCUCAGCGGCCAUUGCUAGCGUAAUUGUCGACGCUGGUCACAAUUCUCGAAAUCUCAUUCUCGGAGGUGAUGUCGUACCAAUUGGCACGAAGCGAUACACCGCUAUGAUUUUUGAUCCCAAUGAAGAGCUUAUCUGCUCUGGUGUUCUUAUCUCCUCUUUACACUUGGUGACCACGGCAUGGUGUGCGGGCUCUGACCGAAACGAUAAAACUCUCACUACUGUAACGCUGGGUGCGCAUUAUCGCAACGAUACUGGUGAGCACCAUAACAUCGUUAAGGUCCAGUAUCAUCCAGAAUUUUCCAACGAAACUUUUUCACACGACUUUGCUCUAUUGACUCUCGAUAGUGCAAGUGCUAUAACACCCAUCAAGCUUCCUAAAAGUGACGAUUCAGACAUUACCUAUGGUUUGGUGACAAAGGUCGUGGGUUGGGGAGAGACUUCCUUUCCCGACGGAGAGUUAUCCGAUGAACUACGAGGAGUCAACGUUUCCGUAUGGACAAACGAUGAGUGCGCACGUAUUUUUCAAGAUCUUGAGCAAUCGUACGUGUGUGCCGGCGGUACUCCCGGCAAGGGCGCUUGCCAUAAUGAUUAUGGUUCUCCAAUCAUCAAAGAAAGUGCAUUAGGAGAGUCAGAAGACAUUGUCGUUGGUCUGCAUUCGAUUAGCAUCAAAUGCGGAGCUGCUGGGGAGCCCUCACUGUAUUCUCGUAUGUCAGCUGGUGUAGACUGGAUUCGUAAAGAAAUUGGCGUUUGA